AUGAAGAGACGCACGAAUCAACUGGCACGCGAUCUACACCGUCAAAGAAUCGAGGAAGCAACAGAGUCAAUAGACGGCUUUUUAAGGAUUACUCGCUGGGUUCGCAACCGAGGCAUACCACGCACCGCAUUUACCCCGACGUUACACUACAACGACACGAACUACACGGCCCCGAAUGAGAAGGCAGCUCUAUUCCGAGAGGUGCUCCACCCAGAGCCUCUGGAGAUAGAUCUAUCGGAUAUCGGGCCACAAUACAGAUAUCCUAAACCAUACGAGAUGCCACCAAUCACACUCGACGAAGUUCGCACCACGGUAAACAACAUGAAGCCCAAUAAAGCGCCAAGACCAGAUGGAAUACCAAAUCUAGCUCUACAACGGCUACCUCCUACUGUGGAGAGCUAUCUCGUCAACCUCUUUAACGCAUGCCUCUGUCAACAAUACUGUCCUGACCACUUCCGAAGGUCCACAACAGUUAUCCUUCGCAAGCCUGACAAGCCUGACUACUCCGACCCGAAGGCUUAUCGUCCAAUCGCACUAUUGAGCACAAUUGGGAAAGCAUUGGAAUUAGUUGUAGAGCGUGGGGAGAGGACCCAUGCUUUCAAGUUUGCAACUGCCAAAUAUCAUCUUACCCACUUUUGGCGGAAGCACCAGCUGGUGCCGAAGCCAAAGGGUAGAUUGGAUGUGCCUCUUACAAUCAAGGUAGUAGAAAUCAACCCUUGGGAUUCAAUCGAAUAUCUCCAUGUCCAGCUCGACGCCCAUCUCACUGGGGGAGCACACGUACGGCAGAUGAGGAAGAAGGCUGCUAAAUUGGUGGCAGGAUUAAGUUCAAUCGCAGGAUCGACAUGGGGAACGCCUCUGGUUUAUUUACGGAAGAUGUAUACAGCUGUUCUACAACCACAGAUUAUGUACGCGUGCUCCACGUGGUACGUAUGCGGUGGAAGAGGCUUCGUUGGUGCGCAGCGGGUCGCGGAGCAAGCUGUCCAAUCAAUCCCGUAUCAGGCUCUAUACCGGAUAUCUGGUGCUUUCAAGCGUACGUUACGACAAGCCUCAAAGCUCUGCCUCCAUGUGCCACCUGCAGAGAUUACUCUCGCGAGAGUAGCUGAGGAAGCUUGUCUGCAAAUCAUGACCUCACCACUACGACCUACACUCCACAGCGUACGUGGCCAAGCCCACCGUAACGGCCCGUAUACGUCGCCGCUCCAUCGGCUGGAAACGGCUAUCAACUGUAAACUCGGACGUGGCACCUGCCAGCAUAUCGAGACAAUCCAUCCCUUUAUAGAUUCACCAGAGAUGAGGAUUGAUGACACCCGCAAGGAGGCUAUAAGGCCAUCGAGACAUCCUUAA